GGCUAGAGCUUCUUUAAUGGUGGAGCCUGUUUCUCCAGUUUCGGUCUUUCUCGGGCGGUUUGCUGACUUCCCAGAGGAUUUGAGAACAAUUGCAGAUAAUCAAGAUAAUAGAGAAGAUGCCUUCUGCAUCCUGCGACAUACUACUGGAUGACAUAGAAGAUAUCGUGUCACAGGGAGAUUUAAAGCCACAAGAUAGGCAUUCUGCACGAAAGCACGUUGUUCCAAAGGCACGAAAGCGAAACACCCAAAAAUAUUUGCAAGAGGAAAACAGUCCACCAAGUGAUAGCACCAUUCCAGGCAUACAGAAAAUUUGGUUGCGAACAUGGGGUUGUUCUCAUAAUAAUUCUGAUGGAGAAUAUAUGGCUGGACAACUAGCUGCUUAUGGAUAUGAAAUUACAGAAAAUGCAUCAGACGCAGAUUUAUGGCUCCUGAAUAGUUGUACUGUAAAAAACCCAGCUGAAGACCACUUUAGAAACUCAAUUAAAAAAGCUCAAGAGGAGAACAAGAAGAUAGUGCUAGCUGGAUGUGUUCCUCAAGCCCAGCCUCGGCAGGACUACCUUAAAGGACUGAGCAUCAUAGGGGUUCAACAGAUAGAUCGAGUGGUAGAAGUUGUGGAGGAAACGAUUAAAGGUCACUCUGUGAGACUGCUGGGUCAGAAAAAGGACAAUGGAAAGCGCCUGGGUGGGGCACGAUUGGAUUUGCCAAAGAUCAGGAAGAAUCCGCUGAUAGAAAUCAUUUCCAUCAAUACCGGGUGCCUCAAUGCUUGUACUUACUGCAAAACUAAACACGCCAGAGGAAAUUUGGCCAGUUACCCAAUAGAAGAACUAGUAGAAAGAGCCAAACAGUCUUUUCAAGAGGGCGUUUGUGAGAUAUGGUUGACCAGUGAAGACACGGGGGCUUACGGCAGAGACAUUGGCACCGAUCUCCCCGCACUGCUGUGGAAACUGGUUGAAGUGAUCCCUGAGGGGGCGAUGCUGAGGCUUGGCAUGACAAAUCCACCCUAUAUUUUAGAGCAUCUGGAGGAAAUGGCAAAAAUCCUUAAUCAUCCCCGAGUCUAUGCUUUCCUGCACAUCCCGGUCCAGUCUGCCUCUGACACUGUACUCAUGGAAAUGAAGAGAGAAUACUGCGUGGCUGACUUCAAAAGAGUCGUGGAUUUCCUGAAAGAGAAUAAAACACCAAAUUGCAAGUGUGGAAGUCUUGAGAUGAUUCAAGUACAGCAUGUAAAAGUUCCUGGAAUAACUCUGGCCACAGAUAUUAUCUGUGGUUUUCCUGGAGAAACAGAUCAAGAUUUUCAAGAAACAGUGAAGCUUGUGGAAGAGUACAAAUUUCCAAGCCUCUUUAUUAACCAGUUUUACCCAAGACCAGGAACUCCUGCUGCGAAAAUGGCACAAGUUCCAGCCCAAGUGAAAAAACAAAGAACGAAAGACCUUUCCCGGGUGUUCCAUUCUUACAGUCCGUACGAUCACAAGAUUGGUGAAAGACAACAAGUGUUAGUGACCGAAGAGUCUUUUGAUUCCAAGUUUUACGUUGCCCACAAUCGAUUCUACGAGCAGGUCUUAGUGCCAAAGAACCCCACAUUCAUGGGGAAAAUGAUCGAAGUGGACAUUUACGAAUCAGGCAAACACUUCAUGAAAGGGCAGCCAGUAACAGACGCCAAAGUAUACACGCCAUCCAUCAGCAAACCAUUAGCAAAGGGAGAAGUCUCAGGUUUAACAGAGGACUUCAGAAAAAGGCUUGGGACUCACCUGAGCUCGGUGCCCCACACUUCCACGGUUCGGCGGGACCCCGCGAGUUCCAGAAUGGCGCUCCGCUUGCAAAAGCUCCGUGGAGACUGUGCACUGGGGGUGUCUGUAGGCCUAGCUCUGUUUGCCCUCCUUCUAGCUCUUUUGGUCAAAGUCUAUAAUUAAAGCACAACUAAUGGAACCAUUUGUGAGGAAAACUACAUUUCUAAUUAAAAUCUGUACCGAACAGAAAAGCAACCACAUCAGUCCUCCAGGAGCCAGAAUUUACACUAGUCUCUGCCCCCAAGUCAGCCAUACUUUUUAUGAGGCUUACCCUGUCUCCCGCCACGUUGGGCCAUCCGUUAUCUGACAUGACACCUACUAACUGUUGCCGUGGCAUAUCUUUCACAUUAAGCUCCUUUCAGUUUAUCUGCAGCAGGAAAUGGUUGCAUCUUUCUUCAAGCCUCCAGUCUUCAAGUCAGAGCUUAAUUGGACAGUGGAUCCAGUCAUCUUUUCCUGACGUGGGAAUAAUUUUGAGUCUCCAAUAAACAUUUAAAAAUGUAUCUUUCUCUGGAUGCUUUGUGUGGAGUCCCAAUGCUACAAACAGCUUAUUUUCCACAGUAGAUGGUCCUGGAAAGUUUAUAGGGAAACCUGUGUUUGGAACAAGACUUCUCUCAGAAUGCACAGG